AUGGAGACCAGGAGAACGGGGUACCUUACCCAAAAAGAGCCACAUCCUACAGAAUUGGUAGAUGGAGGGAAAAUCAAUGACGAGAUCAGUGUUCAAGAACUUCGAAAUGCCAUUCCGGAUUACUGUUUCCAGCCGUCGUUAUUCUGGUCCUUCUUCUAUCUUGCUCGAGACUUGACAUACUCAGCAAUUUUGCUCGGGACCCUUCAUUACCUCCUGCAUAUCCCAUCUGUCAGCAAGUCGACUCUCGCUUACUAUACUGUCGUCAACGUCUAUGGAUUCUGUCAAGGUGUGGUAUGGACCGGGCUAUGGGUCAUUGCCCAUGACUGUGGACACAGCGGCUUCUCGACGUCAGGUCUUCUCAAUGAUGUUGUCGGAUUCGUUCUUCACUCCAGCCUUCUUGCGCCAUACUUUUCUUGGAAGUCGACUCACCGUCGGCAUCACAUUUAUGCUAAUAACAUAGUGAAGGAUCUCAACUAUGUCCCACCAAGCCGGGGAGAGUAUGCACAGAAGAUUGGACAGGCAGCCGAAUUCCUGGAAGAAGCAGGUCAGGACGCACCACUUAUGCUCUUCUUGCGUAUCAUCAUCCAGCAAGCUAUAGGUUGGAACUGGUAUAUUCUGACCAACAUCACUUGUCCUCCUUCGGCCGUGAUCAAGCAAGGAAUGUCAGCCUGGCGUCACAGCCAUUUUGAUCCGUGGGGCGCACUUUUCCGUGAUUCGGAAACCUCUGCUAUCAUUUUAUCAGAUCUGGGCUGUUUGACAACAAUGGUGGCGCUGUGUCACCUAUACCAUGUGCUUGGAUCCUUCGAGACCCUUUUCUGGGUUUACAUCGUGCCUUGGGCAUGGGUGAAUCACUGGAUUGUGAUGAUCACAUACCUUCACCACACCCAUCCUUCCGUACCAAAGUACACGUCAGAUUCAUGGACGUUUCUUCGUGGUGCCACUGCAACAAUUGAUCGAGAUAUCGGCAUCAUUGGCACGCAUUUUAUGCACCACAUAUCCUCCGACCAUGUUACUCAUCACCUCUUCUCCCGAAUCCCGCACUAUUAUAGUCCGAUUGCCAGUAAGGCGAUUAUUCCACUCCUUGGGAAACAUUAUCACGGUCGAGCACAACUUGAUUGGGAAGGUCUCAAAGCAGCGUUCAGAGAUUGUCAGUGGGUGGAGCCAGAUACCAAAAAAGAUCAAUCUUUUGGUUUAGUGAAAGAGGGGGAUGUUGCUAAGCCUCAAGAUAAGGCUUUAUGGUAUCGGGGUGGGGUAAGUCCGUCGCCGGAGUAUAAAAUGCGGUCUGUGUUUGUAUCGAAAAAGGCGGCCUGA